AUUGGCCUCCGAAGCGCUCGGGGGCGCUGUCGCUCGGACGCGUCAUUGACAGGGCUGGCUGGAGGGCGGCUGAGAGAAGUACCGAGUCGUAUACGCAACAGCGAGGCGAGCUGCAUUUGUCAUCAUUCACCGAACCGGUGGGGAGCAGGAAACCCAGCGGAGAGACGCAGAGAGGCGGUGGCAGAACGUCACCGCUGGUCGCAGAACAGCCGGGAGCGGAGCGGCCGCCGUACCGGGAACACGCGGCUGGAGGAGGGAGGACAGGGAAGCAGGCAGGGAGGGAGGCAGGCAGCCAGGCAGCCCGCGGCGGAGGCGGGACGGGAGCGGGAGCUCGAACUCGUUUCUGCGGCAGCGCUGAGCGUGCGGGGAGACUCUAGAUAGACCGAGCGCGGGAGGAGCCCGCUCAAGCAGCCCAGGAUACGCGCUCGAUCCCGGGCGGGUUUUCACUUUCGCUCCUUCUGCGCAGCGCUGCUCCGUUCGUUCGGUUCGACUCCUCAGCUUGACUCGAGCGGCGGCCCGGAGAAGAAGAGGAGGAGGAAGCGAGUUGGAAAGUGAAGUGUUUGGGAGCGCAGUUCUCACUUGCUGGAGCGCUCGCUCUGUCUGCGCAUCAGAAAGUUCUGCCACUUCGGGCUUUUAACUCUGCGGACAGGUGGUUGUGCUUUUUAAAGUUUCCCGCGGAUUAUACUUUUUUUUAAAAAAUAUAUAUAUUGAAUUAAAAACACAGAAGAAAAGCCGUACAUUAAAUUUACUGUGCUCUCCACGCGCACCCCAGUAUGACGCCGGGAUGCGGAGAGCCGCUCUGAGCGGCCCGUCGGAGCGCUGCGCGGUGCUCUGGCCGGCGACGGUCGGUCGGGUCGGGGCUCCUCCUGUCUGUGCUCCUCCAGGCUCUCGGUCGGUGCCUCCGGCCCCGGGUUUGAGUCCGAUGCAGCGGCGCCGCUGAGCCGGAGAUGCUCAGGUGUAUCCCGCUGUGGCGCUGCAACCGCCACGUGGAGUCGGUGGACCGGCGGCACUGCUCGCUGCACGCGGUGCCCGAGGACAUCUACCGCUACAGCCGCAGCCUCGAGGAGCUGCUCCUGGACGCGAACCAGCUGCGGGAGCUGCCCAAGCCCUUCUUCCAACUGCUGAACCUGCGCAAGUUGUGCCUGAGCGACAAUGAGAUCCAGAGGUUGCCCCCAGAGGUGGCCAACUUCAUGCAGCUGGUAGAACUGGACAUCUCCCGAAAUGACAUUCCUGAGAUCCCAGAGAGCAUUAAAUUCUGCAAGGCGCUGGAGGUUGCCGAUUUCAGUGGAAACCCCCUUUCCAGGUUGCCCGAUGGCUUCACUCAGCUGCGGGGCCUGGCCCACUUGGCCCUCAAUGACGUGUCGCUGCAGACGUUGCCAGAAGACAUCGGAAACUUGGCCAACUUGGUGACCCUGGAGCUGCGUGAAAACCUGCUGAAGUUCCUACCCACAUCACUGUCCUUCCUGGUUAAGCUGGAACAUCUGGACCUGGGCAGUAAUGAACUGGAGGUGUUGCCAGAGACACUCGGGGCUCUGCCAAACCUGCGGGAGCUGUGGUUGGACCGCAACCAGCUAUGCGCGCUGCCGCCGGAGCUGAGCAACCUGCGGCGGCUCGUUUGCCUGGACUUGUCGGAGAACCGCUUGAACGAGCUGCCCUCGGACCUAAGCGGCCUGCUCGCCCUCACGGACCUGCUGCUGAGCCAGAACCUGCUGGAAAGCGUGCCCGACAGUAUCGGGUCCCUGAAGCAGCUCUCCAUCCUGAAAAUGGACCAGAACCGCCUGACCCACCUGACGGAAUCCGUUGGGCAGUGUGAGAAUUUGUCCGAACUCAUGCUGACGGAGAACCUGUUGCAGACCCUGCCUCGCACCCUUGGCAAGCUGAAGAAGCUGACUAACCUCAAUGCGGACCGCAACCGGCUCACCUCGAUCCCGCAAGAGCUGGGGGGCUGCGCCAGCCUCAACGUGCUCUCCCUGCGGGACAACUGCGUUUCCCGGCUGCCCGCUGAUCUGGCCAACGCCACCGAGCUGCACGUCCUGGACGUGGCAGGAAACAGGCUCCAGAAUCUACCGUUUGCCCUGGCCAACCUGAACCUGAAGGCUAUGUGGCUGGCGGAGAACCAGUCGCAGCCCAUGCUCAAGUUCCAGACGGAAAGCGAUGAGGGUACUGGCGAGAAGGUGCUCACCUGCUACUUGCUGCCCCAGCAACCCUCGUCGAGCCUUGAGAACCUCCUGCAGAACAGCAUGGACGGCAGCUGGACGGACAGCAACCUGAACCGUGUGUCGGUCAUCCAGUUCCAGGAGGAGGCCCGGAGCGAAGAGGGGGGCGAGGACGACGCGGCGGCUGGGGAGCGCAGAGGUUUGCAGAGAAGGGCAACGCCGCACCCCAGCGAGCUGAAAGUGAUGAAGAAGGUUAUCGAGGAGAGGAGGAACGAGGCCUACGCUGCCAGGCCCGACAGGGAUGAGGAGACCCCUGAUACAGAGGAGAGGCCCCUGAGUGGACUGUCUGAAGAGAGCCACGACUCCCAGGCCUCCGACAGUACUGCAUCUGCUCGCUCCCGUGAGGACAGGCAGGUCCUCGUCGCUAAAGACGAAGAGCCGACGGAUGGUCACGAACAGGAGCCGGAAGAGGAGGAGGUCGAUGACAUGGAAGUGGAAUAUACUGAGCCCACGGUGCACUUCGCCGAGGAGCCCAUCAUCCGCGGCGGCUACGACGAAGACGAGGACGAAGAAGAAGACAAUGACGGGGAGCAGCCGCUUCCCACGGUCCCGACGGAGAAGCAGCGUCUGAUCCGCAAGGAUACCCCACACUACAAAAAGCACUUCAAGAUCACCAAACUGCCCAAGCCGGAGGCGGUGGCCGCGCUGCUGCAGGGCUUCCCUGGCCCCGGGGACGAGGACGUGGAAGUCGGGGCGCCGGACGACGGACUGGACCGCGGCAGGUUGACGGACAGGCUCGGCUCUUCCCUGCAGCCUGUCAAGGGGGUGUCAUUUGAUCAAGUCAAUAAUCUGCUGAUUGAGCCUGCUCGGAUUGAGGAGGAAAAGCUCACGCUCACCAUCCUGCGCCAGACGGGGGGCCUCGGGAUCAGCAUCGCAGGUGGCAGAGGCUCCACGCCGUACAAGGGCGACGACGAGGGUAUCUUUAUUUCCAGGGUUUCUGAGGAAGGUCCAGCUGCCUGCGCUGGGGUCAAAGUAGGGGACAAACUCCUGGAGGUGAACGGGGUGGACCUGCAGGGGGCGGAGCACCAGGAGGCGGUGGAGGCGCUGCGCAGCUGGAGCGCGGCCGUCACCGUAACGGUGCUGCGAGAGCGCAUGGUGGAGCCGGAGAACGCCGUCACGACCACGCCGCUGCGGCCCGAGGAUGACUACCUCCCCCGCGAGCGGCCGGGCAGCAGCUCGCUACCCUUCUGCCUGGACCCCCCAUCCCCCUCCUCGUCCUCCAGGCGGCAGCGCCUCUCCGCCCGCCUCGUCCGCGACGACAAGGGGCUGGGCUUCAGUAUAGCUGGGGGCAAGGGCUCCACCCACUACCGCCCCGGGGACACCGGCAUCUUCAUCUCCCGCAUCGUCGAGGGCGGAGCCGCUCAUCGCGACGACACGCUACAAGUGGGCGACAGAGUGAUUUCAAUCAACGGCGUAGACAUGACCGAGGCCAGGCACGAGCAGGCAGUGGCGCUGCUCACGGGAACCUCCCCCGCCGUUACCCUGCUGGUGGAACGGGACGUGGCCGACGCCGAGAGCUCUCCGGGCCCGAAGCGGGCCCGACCCCGCUCCCCGCCACCCCCGGAGCCCGCAGCUUCUCGGGACCAGGAGGACCCCGUCGGCACCGAAGCGUCCCGUGUGAGCAGCGAGCUGAGCUGCCCGACGGAGAACGAGUAUCCCAUCGAAGAAGUGACUCUGGUGAAGGCAGGCGGCCCGCUGGGGCUGAGCAUCGUUGGAGGCAGCGACCACGCCAGCCACCCGUUUGGAGUCACCGAACCGGGAAUUUUCAUCUCAAAGGUGAUCCCCCACGGUCUGGCGUGUAAGAGCGGGCUGCGCGUGGGUGACCGCAUCCUGGAGGUGAACAGCACUGACCUUCGCCACACCACUCAUCAGGAGGCCGUGCGGGCCCUGCUAUCCAACACACAGGAGGUCCGGGUGCUGGUGCGUCGGGACCCCGCGCCAUCAGGGAUGCAGGAGAUAGUGAUCGAGAGACAACCCAGCGAGAAACUGGGCAUCAGCAUCCGCGGGGGUGCCAAGGGCCAUGCCGGCAACCCCUUCGACCCCACAGAUGAGGGAGUCUUCAUCUCCAAGGUGAGCGCCGGCGGGGCUGCUGCGCGGGACGGCCGCCUGCAAGUGGGCAUGCGCAUCCUAGAGGUGAGCAACCACAGCCUGCUGGGCAUGACGCACGCAGAGGCCGUUCGCAUCCUGCGCUCCACCGGGGACACGCUGGCGCUGCUGGUGUGCGACGGAUUCGACCCCAGCGACGCGGCCGCCAUCGAGGCCUCUUCUGGGGUCAUCGCCAACCCUUUCGCUGCGGGCAUCACUCGCAAGAACAGCAUGGAGAGCAUCUCCUCCAUCGACAGAGACUUCAGCCUGGAAGAGAUGGACGUCAUCCAGAAGGAGGUCGAGAUGACACGCGAGACGUCUCAGUGGGAGAAGGAAGAGCUACAGAAAGUGGAACGCAUGCGUGCGGAGCGCGAGGAGGCCAACCGCCUACUGGAAGAGGAGCCUGAGAACCUGGUUACCGGACCAGCCAGACUGGACUACAGGACGCUGGCCGCGUUGCCCACGCCCAGCCUUCAGAAGCUCAGCCAGUUCUGUCCCUUCGUUGCGCUCGCCGCCGACAUGGAGGCUCCCAUACAGGCCAAGUUCAUCGCCCCCCUAGAGCCCCGUGCCAGCGAGGUGGCACCGCACCCUUCGUCCCCUGCGGGGUCCCAUACCCUGAACUCAACACAUCCACCGCCCCAGCCUGGGUGUAUGUCACAGCAGACUCCUGUUAACCUCAAGGUGUCUCCCCAUGGACACGUCCCCAGUAUCCCCCCGCAAGAAUGCCCUCCCGCUCCGGCAGAAGCGGUCCCGGUAGGGCCGGAGGAAGAGGAGUGCCUUGUGGACUCCCAGCCAAUCAGCUUCAGCGAUAAUCCCUUUGUGGUGGCCAACCGGCAGGGCAGGGGGCAGCCGCCCGAGCGGCGCGUCCUCUCCGGCCCGCCUGUGGGCUAUGGCCGACGGGGCCAGCUGCAGACGUGCCUGCACAGCAAGCCUCCUCCGGCAGAGCCGUCCAAGUGCAGCGGUCCCAGCAGAGACGCCCCCUGCCCUCCGAGCCCCCAGCCGCCGUGUCACGACGCCCCGGCCCCUCUAGCCGUCGGAAGGGAGACUCGAUUCGCAAGCAUUAAUUUCACUUCUAAUGCACCUUCCAAGGAAAACAUGUUGACCAAACCCGGAGCCAUCCAGCCCGUUGCUCGCUUGCGGCAGAGUCCCUCCCCAUCAAAUCAAGACGGCCAGAGCAGUCCCGACACCGUCCACCGAGGACCCACCCCGGUCACCCCCCAGACCAAUCCCGGUGCCCCUUCCCCCUGCUCCUCCGACGGGUUCCCCAUCAACGCGAAGCAGGCGUACAAGGCCUUUGCGGCAGUGCCCCACUCCUCGGCGGUGCUGGAGCCGUACCAGGCACCCGCCGCCAGCAGCCAGCACAGUCCAGAGCAGCGCUCGUUCCGCGAUCGCCGGAAGUACUUUGAAAUGGACACAAAGCAGCAUGGAGCUGAGAGCAAGCCCAAGCCCAGGGUGUCUCUUGUGGGAGAGGACGACCUGAAGAAGAUGAGGGAAGAGGAAGCGAGGAGGGCGGACCACCACGUGCAGGAGUACCUGGUGGACGAUGAAGACGAGGAGGAGGAGGAGGAAGACCUGGCCAAGCAGAUGGCAGAGCUGAAGGCCCAAGGCAGGGUUGUGCUGGAUGGUGUGGAGUAUAAGGUGGAGAGUGUGAGCAGCCGCCCUGCCUCCUCCCCCCGUCCCUCUUCCACGCCCCCCAGCUCAGGGUCUUCAUCCAUUGAUAGAAAAGGAGACUCUCAAAGAAACUCUUUGGAGGACAGCUUUAGACUGGAACAAAGACCUAAUGCUAGUACAAGCCCAUCGCCAACCUACUCCGGGGAACCCAGUGCACCCAUUCGCACGGCCAAGGCAGAGCGGCGCCACCAGGAGCGGAUGCGCGUGCAGAGCCCCGAGCUGCUGACGGCUGCCGUAACCCCGAACCGAGAGCUGUCCCCUGCCGAAAAGCGUGCCAUGGAGGCCGAGAAAAGGGCCAUGUGGCGGGCGGCCCGACCCUAUGGGCUGGAGGAGGACAUUAGACAGUAUGAGCAGGACCUGGCCAAAAGGCUGUACCAGUCAAGAGUGCGGGCAUCUCAGGGUGGCGCUCCACCCGCAUCGCCCGGCGGCGCCACCCAGCUCAGAAUGAAGUCCCUGGAGCAGGAUGCCUUGAAAGCGCAAAUGGUCAUCGCCAAAUCCAAGGACGGCAAGAAGCGCGGCGCCUUGGACCAGCUGGCCGAAUCCCCGUCCCCCGCCCUCACGCCAUCGCCCACUCCUCCGGAAGAUUCGGGCUCCUAUUGCGCAACAUCACCCGGCAGAUUGUCCCUGUCUCAGAAGAAGUUUGACUACCGGCAGUUUGCCGCAAUCCCCUCCUCCAAACCCGUACAUGCCAUCCAGUCUCUUGAUGCAGCUGGCAACGUCCAGUUCAUCGACGACUGUUCCAGUAAACCAGAGCCCCCUGCGGACCCUGGUGUCGGAGCGCCCCCUGCACUGUCCGCGUCCUCAGCCCUGGAGGAGAUGGCACUCUACAGCAACAAGCGCAAACUGAGGCAGGGGCGCCGCAGUCUGGAAAGUGCCGUGCCCACGUAAUGCCACCGAAGGCCCGGAGAUGCUGACCACCAGGACCAGCAAACGCGUGCACACACUCACACACACACACACUCACACAAUUAUGAACGGGUCAGGUCUCUAACACAAAUGCGUACGUUGUCAUUUAACGGUGAAAUACUCAAGUGCGUUUGGUAUUUUCACUUUUCAUGAUCGCCCAUGAAGAGCCGGACACUGGGGUAUGGGCAUGGUAAACAACCACACUAGUGAACACACCUUCAUUAGUAUGACAAGUGUGCGUGUGUAUAUGCAAGGCCACAAAACCCAUUCAUACAUAUAUUUUUAAUUUCCUGUUUUCAGUUCAGAUUUUAGAUAGUGAAUUGAUGAGAUUUGGUUUUAUGAUACGCCUUCUUUGAUUGUGGUUUUUAAAAUUAUGAAGAAAAAUGAUUGAAUGUAGCUGUUACACUAACUGUCUUUUAUCAUUUUGGAGGUUUUUGUUUGCCUGUAAAACUUCAAGAUAUUACAGAAGUGUAAAUAUAGAAGUUGGCUCAUACUUGUUUUUGGAGAGAUGGGCACAGACUGUUACCUUCACUGGCGGCUGAACGGAAUGCACUGCAGUUUCAUGGGGAUGUGUAGGAAAUUUUUUUUUUUUUUUUGGUUCUUUUUAACGUAACUUAUUUUAGUUUAUUUUUAGGGAAAAGCACUAGAUACAUAUCACAGAAAUAUGUGAGGAUAUCCCACAAAUUAAUUUAGUUCUGAUUUUUUUAAAAAACAGUUUUCAGUUUUUGGGAAUUAAGUUAAAUAAACUGACAAGUUUCACAAUAAACAUUACCAAAGACAUCUUCAGUUACUCAGAUUUUUAAGUCUAAGCUUUAAAAAAAAAAAAAA